GAAGUGUGACCGGCGUUCAGCGCAUAUAGGUAGUCGUGAGAGGAAUCAGUCGGUGACGGGUUGUGUCUCUAGUGCUGUAGUGAACAGUUCGGUCGAGCCGCUUGUGUUAAAAAAUGAGCUGGCAGGAUUACGUUGACAAGCAGCUGCUCGCGUCUAGGUGUGUUACCAAAGCUGCGAUCGCGGGACACGAUGGCAACGUUUGGGCGAAGUCUGAAGGCUUCGAAGUAAGUAAAGAGGAGCUGGCGAAAUUGGUCCAGGGAUUCGAGGAACAGGAUAUACUGACGUCGUCGGGCGUCACCUUGGCCGGCAACAGGUACAUUUACCUGUCGGGCACGGAUCGAGUAAUAAGGGCAAAACUCGGCAAGGUCGGCGUCCACUGCAUGAAGACGACGCAGGCCGUAGUCGUCUCCCUCUACGAAGACCCCAUACAGCCACAGCAAGCCGCGUCGGUCGUUGAAAAACUCGGCGACUACCUCGUGUCCUGCGGCUAUUAGUAACCUCUGGGACCCAACACAAAUAUCUAAUAUUAAUACUAAACGAUACGAUCGAUUAUUUUACUGAACAGCGAAUGGAAUGCGUCAUGCCGCACGAGUCGCGCCGGAACUGCCGCAAGCUUGCCGCGCGACACUCGAUGAGAAGCAACAACAACCACAACAGCAACAGCUAUCAUACUCCAGUCGUCGUUCUCUCCUCUUCGAUUUGACGCGACAUUCGGGAACAAACGCGCGCGCGAUCUCUGGAACAGUUGUAAUACGCACACAAAGUAACACACCGGCACACGUACACACACACGCGUGUUACACACAUCGUCGAUAGAUUUGCGAUACACGGAUAAUUGUGUGCCCGAGCCACGGAUCGAUGGACCGGAUAUAAACGUUCGUUUCUUCCUUUCCGCUUCUUCUUCUUCUUUUCCGUUCGCGAAACGGUAUCGGCUACAUCAUCAAUAACGACAUUUCAAAGAGGAUUUCAAUUACGUUCGGGGUAGUUUUGCAAACCACGCGCACACAAAUCGCACGACAGGGAUAAAAACGACGGUACUGAUUUUUUUUUCUCACACGAGCAAGAUAGGACGAGCGUCGGUUCGUCGAGACGAUGGGACAACAAACACACACACACAAACACACAUACACACACGAAGCAUGCAUUAAACAUAAGAAAUAACGAUAAUAAGUAAUAGUAAACUAUUGCGUUUAGAUUUACAGUCUUUUUUUGUAGAGAACGAAAGGAUGGGUGAAAGACAGCGAGCGCCAGAAAUAGCGAGUAAUCGAGA